UUAACUAAUAAAGAUUGAUAGAAGCUAUCCAAAACAACAGAAGGAUUGAUAUAGGAUAACACAAGGUCCAACACCUGCCCGUGUGGGAAAUAAUAUUUUCAAUCCAUCGAUUGCCCAAACUUCUUAUACUCCAUAUCAACAAUUUACUUGCCCAAUUAUAGAUAACCCUUUUUUCUUUCGGCAUUUUUAUUACAUGCAAAGAAACAAAGCAAAAGCAAAUAGAAUCAAGUCCUAGAAAAGGCCCAGUUCCUUACAAGCCAAGGCCCAUAAAAUUUACAUGAGCCCUUUAGCUUUUAGACCUGCUAUUGCAAAGGAUACCAUUUUAUUUUCCCCUUCCAGAAGCCUCUGCGUUGUCGUUGGUUUCUUUCAAGUUUGUUCUUCCUGUUCCUCUUAAGCGCGUGCGCUUUUACCUAUUCAUAUCCAGGCGGGUUUUGCUUAACCCGUUUGACUGCUAACCCUCUUUUUUAUUUUGUCGUACUUUGAUAUAUCCGGGUAGGUAACCAAAGGCUUUUAGGGUGAGGCGCGUGGCGAUCAAUCUUUGUCCUUAAAAGGCCAACAUUCUGGAAGUCUCUUAUCAAUAAAAUAAAGCCCAGUCUAACACACUAGGGCUUUUGUCUUCUUAGACAUCUCCACUUUCAAGCAACCAAACCAAACCAACCCUCGUCAUUUUGAGUAGCUUCUCAAAACCCCAUCUUUCUCAAAGGAAUGGCUACAACUCAGCUAACAGCAUCGUCAGUGACAGUAUCAGCAAGGAACUUGGCUUCGUUUGAAGGGCUUAGGCCAUCCACUGGGAAAUUCUCUUCUUUAGGAACAUUAAAGUCUGGUGCUUUGACCCACAGGUCCUUUAAGGGUUUGGUUGUAAAAGCUGCUGGCGUUGUUGCUGCUAAGUACACUUUGAUUAAGCCCUUGGGUGAUAGGGUGUUGGUGAAGAUCAAAGAAGCAGAGCAGAAGACUGAGAGUGGCAUUUUGCUUCUACCAACAGCUCAAUCAAAGCCUCAAGGAGGUGAGGUGGUUGCUGUUGGUAAAGGGAAGAAAAUUGGGAAGACCAAAUUGGAAAGCUCUGUUAAGACUGGUGCCCAGGUCAUAUAUUCCAAGUAUGCUGGGACGGAGGUCGAGUUCAAUGAUUCAAAUCAUCUUAUCCUGAAGGAGGAUGACAUUGUUGGGAUUCUUGAAACAGAUGACAUUAAAGAUCUCAAGCCUCUGAAUGACACAGUUUUCAUUAAGGUAGCUAAAGCUGAGGAGAAAACUGCUGGGGGUUUGUGGCUGACACAGGCAAGCAAGGAAAAAAAGCCUUCUAUUGGCACGGUGAUAGCUGUAGGACCUGGUACUUUGGAUGAGGAAGGUAACAAAAAGCCGUUACCAGUUGCUCCAGGAAACACAGUCCUGUAUUCCAACUAUACAGGGAAUGACUUCAACGGCAGUGAUGCUUUGUCGUCUGAAGUCCGGUUGCUGGGCAAUACGUGGGAACUUUUGAGCGAAAAUAAAUAAAUAAAUAAAAGACGGUUGGGCACUAAGGGUUCAAAAUAUACUCUUACAAUUUGAGUUUUCUGAUGCCUUCAAAGAAACUUAACUUUUUUUUAUGUCCUAAACCCUAUACCCAAGAACAAGUGUAAGGGAACUCUCGUUUAUUUCCAUUCUGCAAUUAGAUUUCAGAUCCCGCGCCAGUUUGUUAUACGGUGUGUUCAAGCUUUUGCAGUCCAACCAGUACCGGAGAAGCGCAUGCCUCCAGGGGCCCUGCCCAGAAUCUUCUUAGUUACUGGAACACAGGUCAAGCACAUGAUAUUUCAUACAUUACUUAUUUAAACAUGAAGAGGAGCAGAAUUCGUAUGAGCUUUUGAGCAAUUAAUUGAUAUGUAUCAGAAAGAAGACAAAAGUUAAAGAACCUAUGAAUGAAGUUUUAUGAGCGCCUGUUGGCCAGUGGUGAUCCAAUCCGAAAUCACAUUAAUUGCUUCAAAAAUAGAUGGAAAAAUAUCAACUUUUGUGGUGGUUUUGAAAGAUAUUAACUUUUGGCAUGUGAAGAAACAUGCUAGCAGUAGUUUACGGUGAAUUUUGAAGCAGUUUCACCCAUGCAUAUUGACCAAUAGGGGAAUUCCUCGAAAAUUCUCCUCCGAUUUCAGGCUUUGAUGGAAAAAAAAUCCAAGUGAAAUAAGAAGAUAUUUUCUAUAUUGGAACUUUGGGUUUUGAUUUUUGAUUCCUGGGAAUAAGUUCUAGGUCAAAUUUGUUUCCUGAAGGUAUAAUUUCUGUUAUAGUGUCGAAGUUUCUUGUAGUUAUAACAAAUGGUUUGACAAUCCCAUUCUUGACUGCUGAUAAAUUCUGUGACAUCUUUUCCAUCACGUUUGAUAGCUGAUGCCUAACUUUCUCCAUAGAAUGUGUGUGUCCAGCAUUUUAGGUAUGGUUUGACUGGGUAUUUCACCAGGCAAUCUCAAUCUGACGC